CGCACUGCGCAUAUCUAUUGGCAUAUCUAUCAUUAUAUGACAUCAAAGUACCUCGAGAAUGAUUCAACCGCUCAUGGAGGAGUUACUUUACAACACAUUUUAAAAACUUGCUCUGAGAAAGUUAAGCCCUCCAGCAUCCUACACGACGUUGUCGAACAUCCAGCAGAAACAUUUAUAAAUCCUCGCAAUGCUUGUACAAGUCACCAGCACUGUGUGCUCAACGCGUAAUCUUUUGCAGAGUGAAGAUGGGUCAAAAAUCCGACAAAUUCGUUCAACAUGACAGCGUUGAUGAUCGGAGCGGUGUGUACAAACAAAGUACAACCGCAUCUUCGACCGCGAAAACGGACCACUCACCUGUGAGCUGUAAAACCGAUGGAGAGGCGAACAAGGGUUUUUGGAGACGGCUAGCAGAUGACAUUUUAGGACAGGAUGUCAGUCCAGAGUUCCAGAAAUAUCAGAUGUUCACCACUUUUUCUGACCCACAUUUCCCCCUGUGGUUUGAUUUGGAGCCGAACAGCGAUGCCGUUCACAAUCCAGUCGCUGGAGAAAGGGAUUUGGACAUCCAGCUGGAGUAUUAUGAGAAUCCCAGUAUGUUCGGUCUAGGGGUCAACUUCGGCACGUAUGAGAUGGAUGAAAUGUUUGGUGGAGCCAUGCCCGGAUUGGCUAAUUGGGAGGACCUGAAAGAUUCCCGAUGGGCCGGUCUGUUUUUUGGCCAUGAGAACCGGUGCUGUUGGCGAUGGGCCCACACGCAAAUACGGAAAGACGGAUGGAUUAGAAACGCGAACAGAAACCAGUGUUGGUCAAGAAUGCCAGGGCCGAUUUUAAUUCCCAAUCCGCCCCUGGGUAAAGUCACUCUUCUAGCCGCCGGAUUUGCAGGGACCACUGUGCAGGAUGACUUGAAGGCGGAAGAUCCCGCAGACGGCCUCCAGACUCCCGUCCACUCCGGGAGCGAUGAUGAUCCUGGGUUUGACUUGAUUGAUGACGGAGGGGAUCAAAUCCCGCCUUUAAUUUUACUCAGUCACGAGAAGCUGGAGGAUGAUGAGGAUCCCAAUGAGACAAAAGAAGUGACUGUUAAAAUCAAUGGCUGCUGGUAUAAGAUCGGCAGAGAGCUGGGUGCUGGCAGUUAUGGAGUCGUCUGUGAAGCGACCCGUGUGCAUGAUGACUUGAAGGUGGCACUUAAAAUCGUUGCGAAGACAGAGGAUGUAAUCCAGAGUUAUAUCAAGAUUCCGGGUUAUCCUGAACUCGUCCCUCUAGAGAUUGGACUUCAUAAGCUUGCCACCACGGGAGAACACGUUCCUGUGAUCAUCGAGCUUCUGGACUGGAUGGACAAUUAUGGUUACAUUUACAUAAUCCUAGAGCGCCCUUCUCCCUGCGAGGACGUGUUGAGUUUCGUGGAUCGCCAUGGAGGCAUCACUGAGAACAUGGCGAAGGUUAUCUUGCGGCAAGCGAUCGAAGCCUCUGAAAUCUGCUUCAAACGGGGGGUUUACCAUAGAGACUUAAAACUCGAUAACUUCCUGAUUAACCCCAACACGAUGGAGGUCAAAUUGAUCGACUUUGGGGCCGGCCGUAUAUAUAAAACAUCUACUUACAAGGAGUUUCAAGGCACAGAGGACGUUUGCCCUGAAUACCUCAAAACGGACUGGUAUUAUGGCAAGCCGUCGGCGGUAUACUCAAUGGGUUUUAUGUUGCUUUCCAUGGUGUGCGGGCAUUAUCCCAGCACCACUGACCUGCACCAGAUCAAUGAGAAGACAUGGAGCAAAGACGGCUUGACUGAAGAAUGCUGCGAUUUGAUUCAAGCCUGUCUGCAGUCGAAUCCAGAUGAGCGGAUCCAUCUGGAAAAGAUCCUUGACCAUGCGUGGUUUAAGGCGGAAGAUCCUGCAGACGGCCUCCAGACUCCCGUGCACUCCGGGAGCGAUGAUGAUCCUGGGUUUGACUUGAUUGAUGACGGAGGGGAUCAAAUCCCGCCUUUAAUUUUACUCAGUCACGAGAAGCUGGAGGAUGAUGAGGAUCCCAAUGAGACAAAAGAAGUGACUGUUAAAAUCAAUGGCUGCUGGUAUAAGAUCGGCAGAGAGCUAGGUGCUGGCAGUUAUGGAGUCGUCUGUGAAGCGACCCGUGUGCAUGAUGACUUGAAGGUGGCACUUAAAAUCGUUGAGAAGACAGAGGAUGUAAUCCAGAGUUAUAUCAAGAUUCCGGGUUAUCCUGAACUCGUCCCUCUAGAGAUUGGACUUCAUAUGCUUGCCACCACGGGAGAAAAUGUUCCUGUGAUCGUCAAGCUUCUGGACUGGAUGGACAAUUAUGGUUACAUUUACAUAAUCCUAGAGAGCCCUUCUCCCUGCGAGGACGUGUUGAGUUUCGUGGAUCGCCAUGGAGGCAUCACUGAGAACAUGGCGAAGGUUAUCUUGCGGCAAGCGAUCGAAGCCUCUGAAAUCUGCUUCAAACGGGGGGUUUACCAUAGAGACUUAAAACUCAAUAACUUCCUGAUUAACCCCAACACGAUGGAGGUCAAAUUGAUCGACUUUGGGGCCGGCCGUAUAUAUAAAACAUCUACUUACAAGGAGUUUCAAGGCACAGAGGACGUUUGCCCUGAAUACCUCAAAACGGACUGGUAUUAUGGCAAGCCGUCGGCGGUAUACUCAAUGGGUUUUAUGUUGCUUUCCAUGGUGUGCGGGCAUUAUCCCAGCACCACUGACCUGCACCAGAUCAAUGAGAAGACAUGGAGCAAAGACGGCUUGACUGAAGAAUGCUGCGAUUUGAUUCAAGCCUGUAUGCAGUUGAAUCCAGAUGAGCGGAUCCAUCUGGAAAAGAUCCUUGACCAUGCGUGGUUUAAGGACAAAGAUCCUGCAGACGGCCUCCAGACUCCCAUCUACUCUGGGAGCGAUGAUGUCAUUCAGUAUCCAGACGAUGCUGGAUCUGACGGCAGUGAUGACGGGGAGGUUCAAAUCCCACCUCUACCUUUAAUUUCAGUCAGUCAUGAGAGGUUGGAUGAUGAUGAGGAUCCCAAUGUGACAACUGAAAUUGAAAUCAAUGGCCGACAGUUUGAGAUUGACAGAAUGGUGGAUAAAGGCGGUUUUGGAGCCGUCAAUGAAGGGACCUGUGUGAAGGAUUGCUUGAAGAGUGGAGGCAGCGUCACCGAGAACAUAGCGAGAUCCAUCUGA